GAAUCCAACCAAGAUCAGAAGUAAUCCACCUUGGCCACCAGGCGGAUCAGUUCGCGGACAAGCAAGCAAGCAAGGCGCGCGCGCCGCGGGCGUGGACGGAUCGAAAUGGGCUCCUGCGUCUCGUUCUCGCGCUCGCCGCCGGCGGCGUCUACAGCAGCGGGGGAGUCGGCCCGGCGACAGCGGGCGGUGGCCACCGCGAAGGUGGUGAACCUGGACGGCUCCAUGGCGCAGUUCGCGGGGCCGGUCACGGCGCGCGAAGCGCUGCUGGAGCUGGCGCCGGGCGAAGGCGGGGGCCGCCGCUCCGGGUCGUCGCCGCCGCGCUUCCUCUGCAGCUCUGACGAGCUCGGCUUCGACGCGCCCGCCCGCGCGCUGGCCGCGGACGAGGCGCUCCGGCCGGGGCAGCUCUACUUCGCGCUGCCCGCGCCCAUGCUGCGCCGGCCGCUGUCCGGGAACGACAUGGCUGCGCUCGCCGUCCGGGCCGCCACGGCGCUCGCGGUCGAGGCGGGUCUCGCCGCCGGAGGCUUGUCUCCUCAGCGGCAAACGAAACAGGGCGGGGCGCCGGCAGGCAAGGGCCGCCGGCGCCGGCUGUCGACGGCGCGAGUGGCUCCGCUUCUCGUCGCCAGCAGCAAGGACGACGGCCGGUCCGACGACCAUUCUUGGAACGGCGACACGCGCGGCGGAUUCGCAACGCGCAACAAGACGGGUCACGACGGUGACCGCACGGUCGGGAAGGCGAGUGCGGGACGGGGAGCUGCUCACAGGAGCGGCGGCGCUAGUCUCCGUCGUCCCGGCGUGCAGCAGAGGUUAAGCGCCAUCGCCGAAGACGAAGAGUGAUGCGCCGGUAAAUCGACGGAUUAUUGAGUUCUGACCACGACCGGGGGAUCCAACUUACUCGUCUGUCGUCGGUCUCGUCUGGCUCCCCCGUGUUCGAAGAUCAGCGGAGAAGCGAACAUAGUAGAUGUAUAUAGGAGUAGACUAGCAUCACAACGCGUGGGUGCAGGGCAUGAGGGCAACAGGCACCUCCGAUUCUUUCCAUUCGUGUGUGGACCCAGAUUCGGUCUCUUGAAUAGAUAGAUCAUAUUUAUAUCGAAUAUUCAAAUGCUAAU